CGUCAAACUAACAUCUACUUGUAAUUAAUUAUAUGAACAAGACUACUAAUUAGUAAUUUACUUUGACAAGACUUUUGAUUUGGAGUUAAUUUCUCUUCUUGUCUUCUCUUAACACCCAGUAGUUGACCAUUUGUCAAAAUUACAGUCAAGCUGAAACUUAAUAAUAAUAAUAAUUAAGUGCUGCCAAAUCGCCCCAGAAUAAUUUCCCCUGCCUUAAAGUAACAGGAACGAAAUCUCAAAAAAAAAAAAAAAAAAUCACAUCGAUAAUCGAUUAAUUCAGAUAACGGCAAAAAGAUCAUGAGCCGCGCUUUUCUCUGCUUUUAAAAUCAGCAGCUUAAUCCCCCUAUAUAAGCAAACCCAGAUUAUCACUGUUCUCUCUCCCAACCCUUCCCCAUUUCUUCCCUAACAGAAAAUGGCUAAUCAUCGUUGGCCGAUCCUUCUCCUAAUCGUUGUAGUACUUAGCUGCUCGCCGUUCUUCGGCCAUGGCUAUGAUUUUGCUGCUCCUGGUGGUGGAACCAAGACUGCGUAUUUGAAGGUCGAUGCUUCUGGUGAUCAUCAUCCCACCAUCCCCAGUACCUUAUUCGGUGUCUUCUUUGAGGAAAUCAAUCAUGCUGGAGCUGGUGGGCUUUGGGCAGAGCUCGUCAGAAACAGAGGGUUUGAGGCCGGCGGGGGAGUGGCUCCUUCCAACAUUUAUCCUUGGAAUGUGAUCGGCGACGAGAGGGCGGUGAAGGUGGCCACGGAGCCGACGUCGUGCUUUGCGAACAACAAGAUGGCGCUGCGGAUGGAUGUGAUGUGCGACGGUGCCAGCUGUCCGGCCGGCGGCGCCGGGAUUGUAAAUCCCGGUUAUUGGGGGAUGAAUAUUCAACAAGGGAAGAGUUACAAGCUGGUCUUCUACCUCCGGUCCAUUGGCCCGGUCGACUUAACCGUGGCCUUGAUUGGGUUCAACCGGACAAAAAAACUGGCCGCCCAAAAUGUCGGAGGUGUAUUUACGGGGUGGACCAAGAGGGAGGUCGUGUUCAAACCCAUCAUGUCGGACCCGAAUGCGUCCCUCGCGAUCACUAGUUCACAUAAAACGGUCGUUUGGUUCGACCAGAUCUCUCUCAUGCCACUCGACACAUACAAGGGACAUGGGUUCCGAGCUGAUCUUGCUCAAAUGGUUGCAGACCUCAAACCGGGGUUCAUCCGGUUUCCGGGUGGAUGCUUUGUGGAAGGUGCGUGGCUGAGGAACGCAGUCCGCUGGAAGGAAACAGUGGGCCCAUGGGAGAACAGGCCUGGGCAUUUUGGUGAUGUCUGGAAUUAUUGGACCGACGAUGGAAUGGGCCUGUACGAGUUCUAUCAGUUUGCUGAAGACAUUGGCGCAUUGCCGAUUUGGGUGUUUAACAAUGGGAUUAGCCAUACCGAUGAAGUUGAUACCACCAUGAUUGGACCUUUCAUUCAAGAAGCCCUGGACGGGAUUCAGUUUGCCGUUGGUCCGGUAAACUCGAAAUGGGGCGGACUCAGGGCGACUAUGGGGCACCCUAAGCCGUUCGAUCUUAGAUAUGUUGCUGUCGGGAACGAGGAUUGUGGCAAAGAACACUACCGAGGGAAUUACCUCAAGUUCUACUACGCCAUAAAGAGCGUUUUCCCUAACAUCAAGGUCAUCUCCAACUGCGAUUACACCGACCCCAGCACGCCAACUCAAGAUCCAGCCGACUACUACGAUUACCAUAAAUACACGACCGCCAGCGACAUGUUUCGUCUGAGACAUCAGUUCGACACCGUGCCACGAACCGGGCCCAAGGCCUUCGUAAGUGAGUACGCGGUAUGGCGGGAGGACGCCGGAUUGGGGAGCUUGAAAGCAGCAUUGGCGGAGGCAGGGUUCCUCAUGGGUUUGGAAAAAAACAGCGACAUUGUUGAGAUGGCUGCGUAUGCGCCCCUGUUCGUCAACGCAAACGACAGGAAGUGGAGCCCCGACGCCAUUAACUUCGACUCCUACAGAGCUUACGGAACUCCGAGCUACUGGAUGCAGACUUUCUUCUCCCAGUCCAAUGGCGCAGCUCUGCUCAACGCCACGCUCGACGACCGAUCCUCUGCUCAUCUGGCCGCCUCUGCCAUCAUCAGAGCAGACCCCGCCACGGGCAAUUCGUACCUCAGGGUUAAGGUCGUGAACGUGGCGGAUGAUCCGAUCGACAUAAAAAUCGACAUCAUCGGAGCGAACAUCGAUAGCAGAUUCGCGUCGAAGAAGACCGAAAUAACGUAUGGUGGGGAUGUGAUGGCGGAGAAUACAUUCGAGGAGCCGUUAAAGAUCAAGCCGGUGGAAACAGAAUUGAAGAAUCCAAGCAGCAAGAUGGGUGUGAAAUUGUCUGCUCAUUCUUUGACUUCAUUUGAUUUACUGUUACCCAAAGGAGGGAAUGUGAAGCAGUCCAGGAAGACUGGUGUUCUUAGCUAAGUAGGAGAAAAAGAUUGUUAGGCCUUAGUAAAUUUUCUUUUUUUUCUAACCGUUACCCAGCUGUAAAAAAAGGUAGCUGGUGUAAUUUCAAAUUCCAAUAGUGUAUGGUGCAAAUGGUACUUGAAUGAAAUGUGGAUGACUUAAGUGAAACAUGAUCCAUAUUCGUCGUCUAUAGAUUAUAAUGAGUCAAAUUGUAUGUAAGGAUCCAACUUCAUGCAUUAGUUGUUUGUCUAAUUUGAAAUCAUCGAAAUCUUUAUGAAAAUUUCAACUUUAAGGAGGUCUUAUAAAUCUAUUCAAUUUCAGACAAAAAUCCAGCAUAUAAUAGAAGAAAAAAUAUGAAAUUUUUUGCUAUAAUUUGAUUCGUCCUAACAAAAAAGUAAUUAAUAGAGUCGAACCAAUGUCGUUCAUCCUCAUAUAUAUAUGAUUACAUUUUUACACAAGGGCCAACAUAUCAAAAUGAAGAAGUUGUGGUCUAAAAUGGAUAGAUAAUAGAGUUUUAAGGAUCGUUUAGAGCAUAACUAUAUAACCACGUGAAACGACGCAGUAUCAGAACCGUGGCUUUACGCUUAUAUAACCAAUCCCUAAAAUCACAAUUUCCGAUUUUGGCACAUCCUCCGCAACUCUGUUCGCGUUCUUAUAAACCUAGCGAUCGCCGCCCAGCUCACCGGCGAUCGGAGCCUCCUUCUCUUAAUCAGCUGAAGGACAACGCGAAGUAAACGCAUCAUUCAACCGACGGAAGCAUCACAAGAACAACGAGUCGCGCCUUGCUGCCACCGCACUCUUCUCUUCAGAGGCCAGCGCCUCUGUCCUAGCCAGUCACCGGUGGAAUUGAGAGCGAGAACUUGAAAGGGGAAGGAGGAGCCAAUUCUUUUGCAGCAUAUACCUGUAUUCGUGGGAUUGAGCAAUGGUUUCCGGGCUGAUAAACGCCAAUCCCGUCGUCUAUGAAAAGAAAGAGCGGCGGGAACGGCCUACUUCUAUCCCCGAUGCCGACGAGUAUUCUGCUGAGGCCAUCGACCAGCUGGAAGUGUUUGAUAUCCUUUCAAUUCUCCAUGCUGUUUCUUAUUCUAAUUUAUCUUCUUUUGUUGGUGAAAAUUCGACCUGAUCUUCGACCUGCUAGAGUAAUUGCAAAUGUUUGAAUUAGGCCUGAAAUUUGAUUCAAUCGGCAACUAGGGGAAAAUGAUAGAGCAUAUCGUAGGAUUCAAUGGGUUGUAGUGCUUGUGUUCUUUGGAGACCAAAGUUUGUUCAUUUGGAGGUAGCUUGAUUGUUUUACAAAUGGGUUGGGGGGUUCUAUCAUCUAUUAUCAAUCUGUUGAUGUAACCUGUGCCGAUCAAAAUUGAGGGUCGAUGCCUCUUUAUUGCUGUGCUUCUUAACUUGGUUCAUACAUCACGUGAGAGACAUAAAGGAUCCAGAACACCCUUAUUCAUUGGAGGAGCUUAAGGUUAUAUCAGAAGAUGCGAUCGAAGUGGAUGACAGGCGUAGUUAUGUUAGGUGGUAUCCGCAAUCUUGUUCUUUCUGUUCGACUAUCCAUUUUUCCCGAUGCAAGAUACUGAAUUAGUAUUUGUUUAUUUGCUUUCAGGGUGACAUUUACUCCGACAGUCGAGCAUUGUAGCAUGGCGACUGUAAUCGGCCUUUGCUUGCGAGUUAAGCUUAUGAGAAGCCUGCCAUCUCGCUACAAGGUAUAUGCUUUUCUCAUUCAAUUGUUAUUAUCAAUUAUAAGUUUGUUGGGUAUCCAAGCUUUCUGGCCUUUGUGUGAUAGUUGUACAUGUAGAUUGUGUUAUGUUCUGGUGCUACUUACCUUCUUUCCAUGCGAAUCCUCUCACGAACAUCAUUUAUUGUUUGCAUUUUAGGUGGAUAUCAGGGUUGCACCAGGAACCCAUGCAACUGAAGCUGCAGGUACUACUCCCUCUUUAUCAUCUGUGUUUGUCGAUUGGAAACUUAGUCUGGAUAAACUUGCUGGUCAUUGGCUGGAGCUGAAUGUGAACGUUCGGGUUAACUAUAAUAACAAAUUAACGGUACUUGUUGCGUUAUGUUCAAACGAUGAAAGUUACAUGUUGAAAGCGUUCUUUCACUGUAUUUCUUGGGGUUGAAUUCUGUCGUAGUAUUAUGGACAAAGGAAAGCAAGAUGUGUAUAUAUGCGAAGAAUCUUGAACUGUCCUGUAAACAUGGUGGGAUUUCAUUUUACCAAUUAAGCAUAGCUCUUAGG